AUGGCGGCCUUCGAUGGAACAUCCUGGCCCGAGGAACACUUGAUGGCAUACAAAAACUUGAUGUUGCUGUACACCACCAACCCAGCAUUGUGGUGCAAAUUCUUCCCAACUACUCUCACAGGAGUAGCCUUGACGUGGUACACCUCUCUUCCAGGGAGAAGUAUCCACACCUUUGCCCAAUUAGAGAGCGAAUUCCUGGGUCACUUUGUGGAAUCCAGAAGGCAGGAGAAAUCAAACUUCCAUUUGCUUAGCAUAACGCAACUGGAAGAGGAAUCCAUAUCAUCGUAUCUGAGGAAAUUUCAUGAGGCAAUGCUGGAGGUAACGGAUAUGGAAGAAUCAGUCGCCUUAAACACCCUAAUCAACAGAAUGAAGGCUCAAAGGCUCAAGUUCCAAUUGGUCGAGAGUCAAGUGAAGACAUACGCGGAGGCCAUGAAGCAGUGUCAAAGCUACGUCACGGCUUCCGAGAUAUGUCAGGCACAUGACCCCAAAAAACGAAGGUCAGAAAAAAAGGAUCCAAUAUCCUCCAAUCAUUCCUCAAGGAGCAGAGAGGAACAUUCAUCAACGAGGGAUAGAAACUACUUGUCGCGUCGUCCAGAACCUCCGUCAGAUAUGGGGCCUCCACGAUCCAGACAAUAUAUGUCGCAGAAGAGGAGUCCAGAACGCGGAAUCUACUAG